AUUCAGCAAGCCGCGUUUACACCUCAUAGCUCCUGGAUUGCGACUGAAACCUCCCCCACGACUGUGUUGUUGUGCUCUUGGUUGCUACAUGCUUUAAACUGUGCUCACUUUCUGCCCCUGGGAUACUACAGGCUUGAAAUAAUGAAACCAAGAAGCUUUUCAUUAUUUCUCAUGUUGCUUGGGGUUUUCCUGUCAGCCUCGUGGGGAUGGAUGGAAUCAGACAGGAGCAGAAGACUUGAUUUGGAUGCCGGGAGGUUGCGCCAAGAGGAAUCCAGAAGCUUUGAAGUCACAAGAAGAAAAGUGCUUUAUGGACAAGAUGGCCUACAUGCAUCAUGUGAAAAGAAAUUUUGUGGUCGGGGAAGUAAGUGCGUGGUUAACAAGGAGACUGAUCAGCCGGAAUGUAGAUGCUUAGAAGAUUGCAAACCUAGUUACAUGCCAGUAUGUGGAUCUGAUGGCAAAUUUUAUGAAAAUCACUGUGAAAUCCAUCGAGCCUCAUGCUUGCAGAAAAAGAAAAUCUACAUUAUCCACAGCAAAGACUGUUUCUUCAAAGGUGACACUUGCACAAUGGCAGACUACAGUCGGCUUAAAAGCAUUCUCCUGGACCUUCAAGCUCAUCGCCAGAGCAAACUGGGCAACACUGUAGAGGAUAAAACAUCCCAGAAGCGCUUCUUAGUUGAAGAUAUGUUUAAGUACUUGGAUAUAAACAGUGAUGGACACCUCAGCAGCUCUGAACUGGCUCAGCUAGUGAAAACAGAUGAUCUAGAAGAUGAUUUCUUGGGAUGUACGCUAGAAGAUCUUCUCCGAUUUGAUGAUUACAAUAAUGAUGGUUACUUAACCCUGCAAGAACUUUAUACUGCAUUCCAAGUGGUUCAACUCACUCUUCCCGAAGACCAGAAGGUCAGCAUUACCACUGUAACAGUUGGACUGAGCACUGUAUUGACCUGCACUAUCCAUGGAGCCCUAAGACCCCCAAUUAUCUGGAAGCGAAAUGGAGUCAUCCUGAACUUCUUAGAUUUGGAAGAUAUCAACGAUUUUGGAGAAGAUGAUUCCCUCUACAUCACCAAGGUAACAACUAUUCACAUGGGCAAUUACACCUGUCAUGCCUACGGCUAUGAAGAGCUAUAUCAGACCCACAUCCUUCAGGUGAAUGUGCCACCAGUGAUUCGUGUAUAUCCUGAAACUCAGGCGCAGGAACCUGGUGUAUCUGCAAGUCUCAAAUGUCAUGCUGAAGGGAUUCCUAAUCCCAGAAUCACCUGGCUAAAGAAUGGUAUUGAUAUCAUGCCAAAACUCUCCAAACAACUAACACUCUUAGCAAAUGGAAGUGAACUUCAUAUCAGUAGUGUUCGAUAUGAAGACACUGGUGCCUAUACCUGCAUCGCCAAAAAUGAAGUGGGAGUGGAUGAGGACAUAUCUUCUCUCUUCAUUGAAGAUUCAGCCAGAAAAACCCGCCUCAGCGUGGGAAACAUGUUUUAUGUCUUUUCCGAUGAUGGCAUCACAAUCAUUCAGCCAAAUGAAUGUGAGAUCCGAAGACACGUCAAACCCAAUGAAAGAAUUUUUACAAGUUAUGAAGAGAUAUGUCCUGAAGUUGAAGGUGAAGCCACUCAGUCCUGCCUCUGGGCUUCAGCCGUCAAUGUCAGAGACAAGUAUAUUUAUGUGACGCAGCCCAGGCAAAAUAGAAUACUGAUUAUUGAUAUCCAGACCCAGAAAGUCAUGCAGUCUGUGGAUGUUGAUCCCCUACCUACCAAAUUACAUUAUGAUAAGUCACAUGACCAAGUCUGGGUCCUUAGCUGGGGUGAUAUGCAGAAGUCUCAUCCAACACUGCAGGUAAUAUCAGAGGCAAGCGCAGGGGAAAAUCAGCAUAUCAUCCGGACACCAUUUGAAGAAGUGGAUGAUUUUUUUAUACCACCUACUAAUCUUAUUAUUAAUCACAUUAGGUUUGGUUUCAUCUUUAACAAAUCGAAAUCUGCAGUUCAAAAAAUUGACCUGGAAACUGUGACCCACAUCAAGACUAUCAGCUUCAAAAACUAUAGCUGCAUCCCACAGACCAUGGCCUAUACACACUUGGGUGGCUACUUCUUUGUCCAGUGUAAAAAGAAUACGUCGGUAACUGCAUUUCCCCAGCUUAUUAUUGACAGUGUUACAGAUUCUGUGAUCGGCCCCAACGGUGACGUAUCGGGCACACCCUAUAUUUCACCUGACGGAUGCUUUUUGGUCAGUGCGGAUGAAGACAGUGGCAGGAUCAAGGUCCAGGCAAUAACCAUCCAAGGGGAAAUCAAGUUGAUUUAUGACUUACAAACAAACGUGCAUAUAUCUGAUCUGACAUUUCAACCCUCUUUCACUGAAGGCAACCAGUACUAUAUAUAUGCUACUUCACAUUUGCAAACAGAUGUGCUUUUUGUAGAGCUGUCAACAGGGAAAAUGAAUGUCCUGAAGAAUUUAAAGGACCCUAUCGUAUCCAAAGACUGGCCAUGGAGCAGCUACAACAGAAUUAUGAAAGACAGUGGAUUAUUUGGACAGUACCUUAUUACACCAGCUAAAGAUUCACUGUUUGUUAUUAAUGGGAGACAAAACACAUUACGCUGUGAGAUUUCAGGUAUCAGGAGAGGUAACACAGUGGUCUGGGUUGGAGAAGUAUGAAAGGGCAAAAAAGUAGAGCCAACAGCAGACAAAUCCUGAUUGGACCUUUACACUGCAGCAAACAAGCAGUCGCAUUGUAUAUUUUUACACUGGAAAAAAACCUGUAUAAGCUUCAUGGUGCAACACUGGUCUACUUGCAAGUUCUCUAGUAUAAGGUAUGCUCUGCUAAUAGGAAGUGGGUUUUGUUGGGAAUUUUUUGUUUGGAAGUAUGAUUUAUGGUUAUGAAAAGGACGUAGUCUGGGAAAAGGAAUAAUUUCUCCACCGAGGUCUUAUAUGAACCAUGUAACUUGGCAGUUCUGUAGAACAAAACAGCUUCUGAGUUUCAGUAAUGACAAGUCUUAUGUUCAAGUCUCAAUUUUCGUUCAGUCUACACACCAAACCUCCUGUACCUCUGGUUAUUUAACCACCUAACUACACGACCUUUAAUGUAGAGUGGAAAAACCAGAGGCAAACCUGCAGUUGAUACUCAUCUGUGAGUGAUGAGGGACAAAUUAACAUCACAAAAAGCAUUUUUCAAAAUGCAGAAAUCUAGGGAGAGAUUGAAUGAAAACUGAUACGUUUUCUUUGCAGGAUGGAUUUUAAAGAAUACUUUGAGGUGUUUUUAAAACCAAAAAUGGCAGGAAUAGCUACUCUCAGCUCUUUUUCUUCCCUCUCUUUUGCUCUUGGCACUACCAAAAGCAAUGUUGUAAAGUCCCACCUCUUCCGGUAGCUAGAAAGAAUAUCACCUAAUUCUAUUUGGGUAACUUGUUGCUGAAAAAAAAAGAGGUGGUAGGGUUGAUUUUAAAGCUAGAAAACAUGAGUGAGUCCGAUUGGUUGAAUUUCCUACAUUAUCAAGAAGCAGAGCACUCUACCUUAGGCACCAAGUGACAGAAGUCAGAUCCGUCAUUGUGGGCAAGAACGCAUGCAUCCCAGCAAGCAGGAAAGUAGCCAUGGGUGCUCCCAUGAGAGGUUGUUCUAGAAGUUGCUCAUUUCCCUCAUUAAAAAUUGACUAGCAUUGAAGUCACUUGGUUCUUCAUAAAACAAUGGCUACAUCUCCAAAUGCAAGACUUUCAGCACUACUUUUGUAAUAGAAAGCUUUCACCCUUUAUAAUCUAAUCCUUAAUUUACAUGUCUCUCAACAAAGAUUCUCAGAAAGAGAUUUUUUUCUUUUGCUUUUUCUUUCCAUUUAUAGCACUCUUGUAACUAAAUGGUGAUUGACUAUAAACAAGCAAAGAGAUUCAUGUAAAACCAAUUAAAUUACCCCAGAAUGCAACAGCUGGCAUUGAGAAAUUUAAGUUGAUUUCCCAUAAAAAUGUACAUUCAUUUGCACAUUUAGAGAGAUAUAAAAGAAAAACUCACCAGUUCCUUUUCGUAGCUUUUACUUUUCAUCACCAGGAAAUAAUCGGGAUAACAGCAGCUAUAGGGACAUUUUCAAAAUUAUUCAAGCCAUACAAAUACUUUAUAAAUAGCAGAAGAUGAGCGGCUAUACCCCACACACUGCUUUGAAAAGGUAAAUUUGAUGUUGGUGCAAACUCCCUCUUCUAAGAUAGGCAUCUGUUGCAUCACAGCACUUGGCCUUUUGAAUGACGUGGAGAAAACUAUUCUCUAAAAUGACCUUUGUUGCCCAGAGUUUAUACGAAAGCAAUUGCUGAAUAUAUACGGUGGUACUUAAAAGGUGCAGUAACCGUUGUUUUGGAGGUUUUUUUUAAACACAGAUGCUUAAGAGUCACCCUCUUCACAAUGCACAUGAAAGGAUUAUAAAUCAAAAGACUGCAGACUAACUCCAGUAACCUUUGCUUUAAAUGUUUACCUUUUACCAAAAGAGUUACAUUUUAGGAUGGCUGUAGAAUCAAGUAAUUUGAACCAUCUCAGUUCUGUAAAAAAUAAUUUAAAACCUGUUCAGGCAGACGAAGAAGAGGAAAUGAAUCCUAUGAAUUCAUUAAACAUGAGCUCCUUUAAAUUGCCCUUUCUACCACUGAUAGGCAGAAACCGAUAUAUUUUCUCUUAUGAGCCAUAGGGGUUAGAAGAGACUAUCCCACCAAUAGAACACAAACGCAUACAAAUUGGCAUAGUCUUCAUUUAGAAAUGCAUGUUUUUCAUGGUUCGCUACUCAUCUGGUGUGGAAACAUACACAGGUCUAGGAAAGGAGGAGAUCAACUUUGUAAGUACUUUUAAAUAUGCACAACUCCUUUCUAAAACAAAGCUGUACUCAUAUAUCACAGUCAUCCUGAAAAUGUUUUGUUAGGCCAACCACUGCUCUGGUGUUACCUUUUAUGAUUUCUUGAAUAUUUGAUUAUGCCUAUGGAAAGUCUCCCUGUAGAGAAAUUCAUUGUGCCAUAGAUCAAGCAAAUAUUACUUUUAUAAGAAUAUUUUACAAAAAAAAAAAAGUUGUAAAUAUCCGUUCAGGUAAAUAUUCUUGAAACUGGUUUAUAUAUAGGAUGUGACAGAUGUGUACUACACCUCACUUUUUUCUGUUUGUCUGGAAAUAUAGGACUAGGAUUCACUCGAAAACUCCCACUUUAACCUUCCAAAGAUGCUCCCGUCCUUCCCUUCUUCAGCCCACGUUCUGGUGAUGUGUUUUCUAAAUUAUCCUACUGGCUAUACCGUACUUAGAAAAUGAAGUACAAUUUAGAUCGUCCACGCUAUUUGUGAACAGUUCCAAUGAUGGUCAAUCCAACAUUAAAGUGCUGCACAUUUGUUAAUCUGGAUUUUUUUCUCAUGCCACAGAAAACACCAGGUUCUGUGUAUCUGAAAAGUUUUCACGCAUUUGCCUUCAACUGCGACUGCAAGCAUAUUAAAUCUCCAUAGUUAGUUUCUUUACCAGUCCUUUGCUGUAUCAGUAACAAUUUCUCCACCGUGUCACAUUUCUUCCCUGGUUAAUAAAUUACUAAUCCCAGUGAUUAAUUUAAAUGAAUUUAAAUUGAAUUAACAAAUAAUUAGUUACUCUAACAUACGUGUGUGUCAAUUGGGUGGUCUAUCUGAUGGACAUGAGGAGCUCAGGAAGAAAAAAAAGGGGCUAGUUUAAGAUAAGCAUCCAGUCCUAGAGGUCACAUGCAGUUUCCAUUCACUGCUUAAAUUUAAUGAUAGUUCAACAGAACUAUCCUUGCUGCUCUCAACAGUGACCUUUUCUUCCUCCGCUCUGUUCUAAAUGAGGGAAUCUCUUUUGGUAGCACUAGCUAUUCAGCUUAAGACAUGAGCACGCAAGCAGCUUUGAAACAGUCCAAGUUUCAAAAAGGGGGAUAGGGGAAAGAGCAGGAGUCCUGUGAUUUGAAACUAAAAAUUGUGUGUCCCAUUUCUAUUUCAUUUUCUUUUCUUUCUGGCUUGACUUUUUGAACCUUCACACCUGACUUGCUGUUAGCAUUCUGCAGGUGUUGGGUGAGCAAGCCCUUGAAACCAGUUGGAUUAACCACAACUAAGGCAGAAGCCACCCAGAAGCCUCCUUUUCAUACCCAGGGAGCUACUGGAAAAUCUUAACCUAGCAAUUUUGAUCACUUCCCCAGUUUGUUCCCUGAUUUACCAUGUCUGACCCCUUUGCAAACACCUCCCAGUCCAACACAUGCACAAACGUUUUUGCUAAUUGAUGCCAGAACUCUGUAACAUAGAUAGAAAAGUGGGGCUGGAAGGGACCCCUGGAGGUCAACUGGUCCAACCCACAGUCUGAGGUCAUCCCUAGCCAACUCAUCCUAUACAAAUCCUUGUCUAGCCCAUUCCUAAACCACACAAUCAACCCUGUCACACAACUACAAGGUAUAGCAGCCUAACCUGCCAAAGUGGCCUGUUGCUGCAAGGGUUGUUAAAAUGGGGUCAGCAUCAUGAUCACUGGUUGUGUAUUACAGGGCCCCAAAAGUGUGCUAGGUGCCUCCCAAGUCAGAUAAAGAUAUCUGGAUUUUUCUUCCCUAAUCUAAUAUCAAAUGUGGCUUUACAAAGGCUAACAAGAUGAAAGAUGAAGACUGCUGAAAAUAUAUGACUGAUGGCAGUAUUACGGGGUUACCAAGACAUGGGCACAGGUUGAUGCAGUCAAGACAUGCUCUUUUUUUCCUCCAGUGUCAGCAAGUCUCCUACCACUCAGAGCCUUAGAUUAGAAAAACAUCCAUAAAAAUCUAUGAGCAACACUGCUUUCUGUUCACCUAGCAUUUUUUCCAUUAGCCUAGUUUGGUGGGUUUCCUGUAACAAAAGUCCCUGUGUAACUUUUUAUUGACUUCUCAAGUCAACAUAAAAGGAGACAGAGCCAAGCAGCAGCUUUCUGUAGGUCUGACUGGAGUGUGCAUCUGGAAACGUGUCACUUUAUGCCCUAAGAGCUUGUUUUUGCGGUGGAACAUCUAAGGCCAAAUUCUGCUUGUCCUUCUGUGACAAGGCCCCUAACUUGCACAUGAGGCCACGAGUCCCAAAAGAUCCUGAGCUAAACACUGAUCUUUCCUGACUCACCUUAAAAAAAAAAAAAGUUUUCUUUUUCUUUUCAGUACCAAAAAUACACAGCACACUACCACUACAGAAAAAAUGAUGGAGAUCAACUUUAAAUUCACCUCUGCUUGCUACUUGUCCUAAGAACUUAUUCUUCGUCGUAAUUGUAGUUGCCUGCAAGCCCUAAACAUCAUAAAACCCUAUAUUUUGGUACACUUUAUCGCUCCCCCUGAUCUCCUUCCAUCCCCUGCUGUCCUGUAGUUAACCUCCCAGACAGACAAUGGCAGUGACUGUUCUCUUAUUCUCCUGGAUCCCUGUCUGAAUUGCAAGCCCCCUCCCCCUCUCGUAUGUAGUGUAAGGUGCUGCUGCUGCACUGACUGCUACUCGGGGAUGCAGGCGCAUGCUCACCUACCUCUGUCUCAUACUUCUCUGAGUCAGACCCCAUUACCAUGCCAUACAGCUUUGCCUUUCCCCAUCCAUUUGUCUCGGAGAUUUUUUUAUUUUUAUUUGGGUAGGUUUUGUUAGCUUUCUGAACCAUAACAAAGCAAAAGCCAAAACUUUAAACAUCUCUCUGGGCAGGGAAAAGAAACCCUGUGCCUUCCUUCCAGAAUUUUAUGAGAUACCGUACUGGUGAGCAUAGUACGUGAUUGAUUAGGAGGAUAAACAUUAGCAUAAUUCACCCAGGUGGACCAUGCUGCCACUAAACAAUAUUUCCUAUGCAACAAAUUGAGAGAAAGAGAAAGAAAAUGCCGGUGGACAUAUUUGACCCCACGUGCCCUAUAUGUAACAAGAGAUUUUUUUUCUCUCCUGAUGAGUAUUUUUUUUUAGCAAAAUCUGGAUGUGAGUAGCAUUUAAAUGAUCCUAAAGAGAACAGAGGUGGAGGAUUUUAUCUAUGUUUAUAUUUUAUAGAAAGCAGGCAACCUGGAGGAGAAGUUAGCCUGAAACCCUGCCUGUGCCUGAGAAAUGCAGAUUGUGUUACAUCUUUAUUCUUUAGGGACUGCUGUAGAAAGCUGCAGCAAAUUGCAGUGAAUGGACUGAGCUUUUGUUUCCUCUGCAGAAGGCUUGUUUUGCAAAUUAACGGUUGCUAUAAAUACAGUUUGUGAAAGGGGGGAGGAAGGUUGGAGGUGUUUUUUUCUGUGUUAUAGCCACUGUCUUCUGACCUAUUCCUGUGAACUAAAAGAAAUAAGUGAACUAUUUUUAUAAUGGUCUUAAAUACCCAUCUUCGCUUACUAAAGAUACUUAAACUUAAAACUCCCACACGCAAAAGUGCAGAAUGCUGCUAACAUUACUGGCAUAAAGGUUGUAUAUUUGCUUUCCCGUGUCUGUGUAAUGGCCUCACUUCCUCUGCCAGUUAUCAAAGGGCAGGCUGAUGACCUGCCUGACACACAGUCCUCCUCUGUUCAGAAAUAUAUUGCAUGAAGGUCAAACAUCGAUCGAGUCAGCUGGACUUUUUUUUCAUAUGUCUUCAAAGCACCAGAGUUAAUAGCUCCCUUGAUUUUUAUUGCAAGUGUUCUCACUUACUUACAAGCCCAGCUACAGAGAAACAACUGACUGCAGGGAUGUCAGAUCUUUUUUUAAGUAAGCGUUUAAUCCUUAUCAUGACAAAGAAAAUCAUGAACCGGUGACGUAAGCACAUCCUACAAGCUCAAAAACCUGAAGGCAAGCAAGAUUGCAACAGUUCUUUUAAGCUAUCUUUUUAAAUGAUUUUAUCAUUUUGGGAUGACUCACAAUUUUCCAAAUUGUUGCAAUUAGCAAGAUGGAAAAAAAAUAAACUGGGCAAAGAAAAACCCUGCAAUUAAUUUUCCUAGUUUCUGCCCACCUCCAAACUCUAAUUGAAAAACUUCAACUUCUUUAUAGCGCUUCUGUCUCACAGACUACCCCUGCCUUGAAGCUGACUUAAUUAAGCACUUCAACACCUAACCCUUGGCAUGAUAUGGUGUUUUUGACAUUUGUCUGAAGCCAUCAGCUAAAAGUCAGGAAGGAAAAAGACAGAAAGAAAGAAAGGAUGAUGACUAUAGCAAGGUAAAAGCUCCCUGAAUCAAACCGCCGUCCAAAAUUACCAAAGUUAGAGCACUGGCGUUUGGAGAAGUUAGAGGCUUCCCUCUCAGUUCCAGGUGUGAGCGCACACGUGUCCUUAAUUUCUGAUGGACACCAAGUUAUACACCACAGUCUCUAGCUACUCUUAAACGUAUCUAACAGAAGAUGUCAUUCAACCAUUUUCCUGUUCAUCCAGGCAAAUGAAAAUUAACAUAUCAUUUGUAAUGAAAGCAUUGUAAUAUCUUUAAAAUACAUGGCAUCUUGAGACUGCAGGCAACACUAUCAAAGAACAUGCCGGACCCUGCUUUAUUUUCAUAAGGUCACAACAAAAUAGCGUAAGUAACAGAUAACCCACUUCCAGUUAUAUUGGCAGCAAAGCUUCUGUAUACAUAUAGAUGACUGUUAAACUUUCACCUAAUCUCUGUGUGUGGCAUCUGAGAUAAAAAGCCUGGCUUAGUGUAUUAUACCCUCUAACUCCUGCUCCCUUUUAUAUAGGAGGAUAGGUGAUGGCAACCUGGCUUCUUAUAUUGGUUUAAGUUUACCUUUAGGUACACAUCAGCUGUAGACCCUGUGUUUUUGAAGCAGAGAUUGGCUCAAAACACCAGUUCCUCACCUACAAUAGAGUUCAGAGCUUCAACAUCUAUCUAUACUGGAUAAGAUCCAAGCAACAAAUCUGAAAAGAUUACAGUAAGAAUUUAUGUCACGGCACCUUGCGGUGUCGUGAGAUCCUUUGGAGGGGCCCACACUAUAUUAGCAGUGCUCGCUCUGCAAACAUCUUCACAUGAUUUGCAAGGUAGACAUGGAGAUCUCAAAGAGGAAUCCACAGUGUCAAAAGUACUGAGGUCUUUGCAACAGAAGAAUUGCUCUUUUUCCAAAGUCAAAAAACAAAUGAAAGCUAAGAGCUGGCAUUUUCUGCGGGAUGACUUGAGUCUAAAAUGCUUGAGAAACGCUGGUCUACAGCUUCCACAUUUUCUUUCCCAAUAUUACAAGAGUCAAAGAGAGCAUUAGGGCAUCUAGUCUGGCUUCCUGUAAAAUACUGGUCAUUAAAUGUCACCAAGUUCCCCUUUACUGUUUACUAAAACGUACUUUCCAGUAAGACAUCAAGGCUUGAUGUAAAGACAUCAGGAGAUGAAAAAUGCAUUAUUUCCCUUGGUAGUUUCUCCAAAAUUUAACCAUGACCCUCACUGUUAAAAAUGUUAGCCUACUUUUUCAACUUUUUCACUGGUUUCAGCUUCCAGCCAUCGGUUCUCAAUAUGCUGUUUCGCAUGCGAUUAAAGAACAUGUUAGCACCUGUAAUUUUCUCCUUGGCAAAACACACUACAAUCAAGUCAAUUCUUUCUGAUACUAAACAGAUCAUUUUCUUUAAAUCUUUCAUUGUAACACGUUUUCUGUCCUUCAAAUCACUUUUGCGACUCUCUUCUGUACUUCUUCUCUUCUCCAGUUUUUCACCACUCUUUUUAAAAUGUAGGCAACAGACAUGUAUAUGCUAAUGGUCUCAUCAAUGCCAUGUAGAGGUAAAAAUUGCCUCCUAACUCCUAUGUACUCCGAUUUAUGUAUCAAAAAUCCACAUUAACUUUAUGUGACAUUGAGUCUUUACCCACUAUGACCCCAGAAGCCUGCCAGAGUCGGUGCCACCCCUAUUCUGUAAGUAUUGGUUGCAUUCUUUGUUCCUAAGUGUCUAACUUUGCAUUUGGCUGUAUUACAAUUAUUUUGUUAUAAUGGACAGGUUCAGCUUACGGCAUGAUCUUGAUAACACUUAUGACUGCCUUGUCCUCAUCUUUUACCACUCUGCCCAUCUUUGUUAAAUAGUAAUAAUUAUAUUCCUCCCCUUGGUUAAUUGAAAUCUUUAUCAUUUUUUUCCCAUGAUUUUGUUUAGAAAUGACAUUAGGUUAACUGGCUUAUAGAAAUGAAGGUCUUUUCAACAUGUCCUUUUGAAUAUUGGCACAACAUUAGCAUCCUUCCAGUGUUCUGUAAGUUCUUUGAUAUUCCAAUGUUUAUUAAAAAUCAACAGCAGCAGACCAGACGUCAUUUCAGCCAACUCUUAGGUGCAUGUUAUCUGAGUUACCAUCUUUUAAAAUGGUCAUUCCUAUCCCUACAUGCUGUUAAGCAUCCUUCUUAGCUACUAACAAGCUAAAAAGACUUCAUCAUCCUCAUGUGACAGGAGCAUAUCAUUCAGCUUCUUUUCAACCAAUAUUUAUUACACAUUUCUGCCCUUUCUAAAUCAUUAACAUGUUUUCUCUUCUUGCCUAGCUAAGGGAUGUAUAUCAAUACUAAGAGAGUGUUUACAAAUAUUUCUAACUGUCCUUUGCCUUGCUACCCCCAUGGGCUUUCCCCCCAAUGCCUUGAGCUGCCCUUAUCAAGUUUCUACAUUUAAUAAAUUCCACGUCAUAUUGACUGCCGAUAAUUCCACUUUUUUUCUUACAUUUGCUAUAAAAGUUUUCUAUUUCUAGUUGUUGCUUGCACUGCUGAACCAGGAUAGACUUUCAGGCAAAGCUGUCCAAAGAGUUUCCAGUCUCCAAAGAAACAGAAUUGUAAAGAAAUAAAGAAAGAAAAUAAUUGGAAAAAGAAACAGCCUGUCAUAAAACAGAGGUUAAACCAAUGCUUGUUGAAAUCAAUGGAAAGAUUCAUUCCUGUUUCACUAGACUUCAGAUCAAACAGAUGCAUUAUGCAUAUACAAACAUUUCUAGUAAGAUCACUUGUGUACUGCAGCACCGGUGUAGUUUUAUACUUUUUCUUCCUCGGGUAUAUAAUGCUACACCGUCAGUCUUCAGCCUUGCUGGAGUUCUCGUUAAUAGAUAAAAAGAUAGCCAUUGUAAAAUGCAGAAUGCUGGAUUAGAAGGUCCAAUAGUCCUAUGGUACCAACAACCCAAAAGAUACUUGCAAUAGCACACUGAGCCCAGUAACACUGUUUAAUUGCAGUUUUUCUAUACAACAUGUGCCACAACCCUCUUUGUAACCCAAGAAACAUCUUCAGUGGUCACCAAAAAUUUAAUAAGAAACUGUGAAAAGGGGGGCUGGUUUAAAAAUAAAGGCCAAUUAUCCUUUUUGUGUUAAGUAUGUAGCCUCUUAAAUAACAAACAGCUAUAGCUGAAGUUUUUUAUAUUUAUACAAUGCAUAAUUUGCGCUCCUCUCUGCCUUCCCGGCUUACAAGAGCCUUCGUGGUACCAUCAAACAAUAUGCAGGGAGGCAAAAGCAUUGUGGCUAAAACAGACAGUCAAAAAGCCUGAGGCUGAAUUGAUUCAGUCUUUGCAGGUUAGUCUAAGUUGCAUAGAUUGAACUUAUAAGCAAGUGAACAGACAUUCAUUUUGAUUCGGAAAAAGUAGCCACAUGGUUGCAGUGGCCCAGGCCGAAAGCUGAGGGGCGCUAGAGCACGCCUCCCUACUUGGCCGGAGCAGAUAGCGUGGGCCAAGCCUAGCUCACCCACCCUGCAAGGGGUGGGGUUUGCAGGGGAGGUGCAAAGCAUCCUGGGAUGCUGGGGGUCUGAGUUAACUUGAAGCUGUAAGAUACAGUGCUAUAUUAUAUUAACCCCCAUCAGUCCUUAGCUUUCAUUCCAGCUGGAGAGCUACCCUGAACCACAUACAAAGAAAGGCUUAGAGCAAAAGAAUGAACAAGGUAGGUGUAGCAUUCUGCCUUCGAAGGGAAGCAGGCAAAACCAAAAUGUGACAAAGAGGACAGUGAUUACUAGUGGGUCAUUUCUCUUGACAUUUUACCACUUUAACAUGCUCAUCAUAGUCUCUCAGGACAUAUCCAAAAAUUAAUUAGCAUAAUUUAUUACACAUAAACUAACCAAGACCCUCAGCUGGGCAAUAAGUCUGUCCAGGACCAACUGCCCCUUUUUCUCUUGAACUGAGAAAAAUUCAAGGAAGUAACUUAGCCAUCAUCAAUAACUCAAUAAUCAAUAGGUUCUGGUUUUGUCCAAAGAAUGGCAAUAUCUGAGCUUUUUCAGACAUAGCCAGGCGAAACCUAUUAUUGGGCUUUGAAAAGCUCAGUAAGAAUGACUAGUAGCCGCAUGCAAUUAUAUAGAGCAGAGGACAGUUCUCAUUUUAAGAGAAAUUUUUGCCAAGCCUACAUCUUUGCCGCUCAAAAUCUUCAUAUUAUUUAUCCACAUGGAUUCAGUCUUCGUCUUCAAUUUGAAUGUGUCCAUUAAGUUUGCUGUGAAACAGAAGCGUAGAAAUAGUGCCACAACGCUCUUGGGAAAUUCACAUUGCUGCAGCCCUGGCAGCAGACUGUUAUGAAAAUGAAAAGUAACAUGACAUCCUCCUGACCAUGACUUUCAUUUGGAGUGUGUGAGGUGAGCUCAAGGACAAACAGUCUUGCAUCCUUGUGGGAUAGCUGGGAGAACGGCUAGCACAGUAUGAGCAAAAUAAUGUGUGGCUAUUUUAAAUGUUGCAUUUUUUUUUCUUUUUUACCCUUUCCCCUUCUUCCCCCCACCCCUCUUUGCCUCAAACAAGAAUUUCCAGCUGCUUAUUUUUCCACCUCCAUUGACUUUAUAACCAAUCUCUCUAUGGACACCUAAAACAGCUCUCUAAUUUAGGGAGCCUGUGCUGAUCGUGCAAACAAGACUAUAUAAAAAAAACCCCACCGGAUCCAUUGUAAACCUUAGGGAACUUUGGCAGGUUUUUUUUUCCCCUAGAAAGGUCCCCGCACACCCUAGCUCAUCCAUCUCACAUUUUAACUUCCGUGAUUCAAUUAUUCCUGCAAGUGUAACGGUUCCUGUAACACCCAGCACAUCUGUUCUAUAACAAAUCCUUCCCCACACAUGCAUACGCUUGAAAUCUUGUUCAUCUUUCUGUCUCAAGGAUGGAGCUGAAGCAGAGACAAACCACCAAGCAAAUGAGCUAUAUAAUCAUCCUUUUUUCUCAAAGGGCCUUCUCCUGUAAUUAUGUGACUUUUUUCUUUACUUCUUAAAUCUAAAUAAAUUAUUUUUAAUACAUCAACUUUUAGUAGAGGUUUGUACCAACACAGUAAUAGUGUGUGGCAUUUGAAAUAAGCAUGUGUUUAUUUUGAUGUGUUAUAUAGUACUGAUCACACAAUGUAUUUGCAGUAACAUUUGGUAUGAAAGAAAAUGACCCACAAAAGCUUUCUCUAAUGAAUUAUAAUGGUAAAUGCUGUUUCUUUUUUUUCCCCCUGAAGAUUUUACAAUAAAACUUGUCAAAACUCA